AAUCUACAGCAGGAAGAGAGGAACGGCGAGUUUUUGGUUUUGAAUCAAUCUAACUAAAUUCCAUAAUCUACAAACAUCUACAUUAACAUGGCAGAUCCGAAGGUGAGGUUAUGAGUUUUGAACAUAUUUAUGUGUCGUGCAUUUAAUUAAAUGUACAUUUUAUUUCAAUCGUGAUGUUUUGCUUGGCAUUCUCAAAGUUUAUCUUGCUAGGGUUGUACCCGGGAAGAUAAAAAUGCCGGGUAGGGAUGCUGAUUUUUAACAACCUUGUUAUACAUCAAUAUUGGGGAUAAAAAAAGUGUAAAUUGGCCUCAAAACAACAUUUACCAGACAAUGGUAAAUCAGUUAUGCCUUUGUAUGUGUCAAAAGUGGGCAACUUAAUAUUUUGCCGCCCUUCAUUAUACCUGGUCCAAAGCUAGCUAACGUUAACUAGCUAGCCAACAGCAAACUAGCCAGGCAUUAGCUAGCUAACAAGUAUAUAAUCGUGCCACCACUACUUUCACAAUUAUUAUUUAAACGUCAUAUGUAUUUGCCUGCGAUAUCACUUGGACAGUAUUUGGCUUUGGUAAGAGUUGUCGAACGUAACUCGUACUGUACAGUAAUUGUUACUGUUAGCCAGUCAGUUGGCAACAAGAAGCCAGUUCCUCAGACAUUAGCUACAGUAGCUAGAUAACAUUUAUUUUAUUAUUAUUAAUUGCGUCCUGAGCUUACACUGUUUGUUUGCAUUGAUUUAACAGAGUGGGUAAUUGCAUUUACCUAGCUAUGUGUCAGUGACACAAUAGCCAAACCUUUGUUUCAUCUCUAGUUAGCUAACGUUAACCUACUACUAGCUGGUCUGGUGCUUUCGCAAUGGCCUAGAUAACGUUAGCAAGCUAGCUGGCUGGCUAACUCCAGGCCGAAAGAAACUAGCGUCAACUUUAUCAGUGAUUGUUUAUCCAUUUAGCUAAGUAACUAGCUAGCUAUGAUGUAAACAUUGACAUGCUAUCUAAGUUAUGACAGUUAUAUAAUAAAGCAGAUAACUUAAUUAUCGCUAAAAAAAAAAAGACAACGGUUGAUUUUAAGUAAGUGGACAAUCACAAAAGUAACUUUUCUGUUACCUGGACAACUAACUUUAGGUAACUAGUAACGUACUGUAUGUAGCUAACGUUACUGUUUGUACAUGAAAGAGGUAGCUAGACAUGUGCAGUCAGCUACCAAAAAACUAGCUUGACAAGAAUGUCAGCAAGCCAUCUACUGUUAGCAAGCUACAGUAUUGCCGUAGGAUUUAUUUACUAGCUGCCUGAACAAAUUUAUAAAAUGGGCCCGUUGGCUCCACGUUUUGGAGUACUACUGUGAUGUCUAGCUACAACUUAGCUAGCAACAUCCCAUAGUCUUGUAUGGAUCCAUGUUGCUAGCUAAGUUGUAGCUAGCCAUUACAGUACACUCGAAAGCAUGGAGCAACACGCGCUCCUUUCAUACAUUUGGUUCAUGCAGCUAGUAAAUAUAUCCUAUGGCAGUAGCUUGCUAGAUGGCAUGCUGAUAUUCUUGUCAGAUUAGUUUUUUAGUAGCUGACUGCAAAUUUGGCUAGCUCACAUGUAACUACUUAUGUUACUAACUAGCUAAAGUUAGUUGUCCAGGAAACAGAAACGUUAUUGUCAAUCUGCUUCACCUUCCUUUCAUCCUCCUGUAAGGAGUGUUUGUCUGAGUAGUUUUAUCACUGAUUAUGUAAUGCUAGGCCAUAUUACAAGUUCUGUAGUAAGUGUGAGAUCAUAUUUACAUUUUAGUCAUUUAGCAGACGCUCUUAUCCAGAGCGACUUACAGUUAGUGAGUGUAUACAUUUUCAGACUGGCCCCCCGUGGGAAUCGAACCCACAACCCUGGCGUUGCAAACGCCAUGCUCUACCAACUGAGCUAUACGGGACUACACUAUAUGGAUUCGCAAGGCCUUUUGUAAAGUCAUCCAGCAGCAAAUGUGCUUGGCUCCGCACCAGUGACACUGUUUAGUUGCCACAGCAAAUUGCACACAAAAGAUAACCUCCAAAGCCUGAUCUCUCAAAUCCCUCUAUUCACAUCCCUCUGCAGUCAGUUGGUGGACCCUACUGUUUUUACAGUCUGAAAAACGGACUUGUAAAGUACAUUACACUAACUUGAAAGGACAUGACAAUCCACGUGGAACCACAAGCCCAUUAUUUUUAUUCUCAAUUUAUCAAUUUGAACUCUAAAUGCUGUCCUUAACAUGUUUUCAAAUAAUACUUUUUUAAUAGGAAACACCAGAAGAGCAGGAGACUUCAACAGACAAUGUAGAAGAAUCAAACCACGAUCCCCAUUAUGAGCCCAUCGUGUCUCUUCCAGAGCAGGAUGUGAAGACGCUAGAGGAGGACGAGGAGGAACUGUUCAAAAUGUAAGCUGAUGCUGAAAGAUUUCGCUUUGAAUAGCCUAACUCAUUGAACAAUACAAAAUGUGUCAUUCUUUUAGGGCCGAAUCCUAACUUCAAAUUGGUAAAUUCAUAAACAGUUCCCUUAGUCAUGCACUGUCAAUUGGAGACUAAGUGAAAUGUUAACUUAAGUAGAAGUUAAGAUUUGUCUCAAGUGUUAUGAAACUAUCCAGCCCUCUGUCACCCAGGUAUUGAUACUGAUUCCCUCCAAAGCCUCAGCAUUCUACCCAUAUUGUCUCUCCCCUCAGGCGGGCGAAGCUCUACCGCUUUGCCUCUGAGAACGACCCACCAGAGUGGAAGGAGCGAGGCACAGGCGACGUCAAGCUCCUGAAACACAAAGAGAAGGGCACCAUCCGCCUGUUGAUGAGGCGAGACCGGACCUUAAAGAUCUGUGCCAAUCACAACAGUGAGUCACUGAACACUUCCUGUCUCAGGCAGUAGCGUUUAUCACCGCAGUGCUGUCUUGUCGGACAGAAACCUGUCCAUUAACCCAUGCAUUGAUGUUGCCUGUCCACUGAAUUGUCAUUUUGAGUAUGAGAUGAUGGUGAGAUAUAAGCAAAACAAGUAAUUGUAUAGAUAUUACAUUUUACAUUUACAUUUUAGUCAUUUAGCAGACGCUCUUAUCCAGAGCGACUUACAGUUUUAGUGAGUGCAUACAUUUUCAUACUGUGAUUCUAUGGGUCAGUGGCCUAAAUCCUUUUAAUCUUUCUGCUCUUUCAGUUUUCCCUGUGAUGGAGUUGAAGCCCAACGCCGGCAGCGACAGGGCAUGGGUAUGGAACACACUUGCCGACUUCGCUGAUGAGCAUCCCAAACCUGAACUCCUGGCAAUCCGUUUCCUCAAUGCAGAAAGUGAGUGUGACAACAUCUAUUUCAGUCACUGCAUUAGCUUUUUACAAUUCAGUCGGCUUCCCAUGCUAAAAGUGUGAUCUGUCAAAAUGUGUGGAUGGGGUUUAAAAUAACUUUUGUCCUUUUCAGAUGCUCAGAAAUUUAAGGUGAAGUUCGAUGAAUGCAAGGAGGAAGUCCAAAAAUCUCAAGACGGAUCAGGUUGGUGUACAAUUAUUUUUUAUCACAUUAUUUUUCAUAGCCAGUAUGCAGACAAUUCUGUUCUCUGCCGCUCACUCCAACCUGGAACUUUUUAUGUCUGCUAAAUUAACAUGUAGAAUGCAACAACUCACUGGCUUACUAUUAGGCUAGUGUUAGUAUGUUCACACUUAGAAUUGUUGUCGCUGCAGUGUUAAUUACAAAAAACAGCCAUUGUGACCUUCUGAACAUGUUAAUCACUACCCAGUUUAGAUAACCGAAUGUAUCAGUGGAACAAAAAUACUUGUGAAACACUCAAGAUGGAAUACUCUGUCAUUCAAAUGGCAGGCAUCCCCAAUGCCCCAAAACAAGCUCUUACAUGAAGAAGACUGUUCCCAUCAACCCUGUUGUUGUAGUGUGGAGCCUGUCUUGGCCAACGUGUUUGCUCCGUCAUCGGGCCACCAUGACACACCAGACUUACAAAUAGUUAAUAUCAUCUUUCUGUUCUCUGCAGGAGAAAACACUGACAGUGCAAACAAAGUGGCAGAGAAACUGGAGGAACUAUCUGUAAAAGACGACAAGACCAAGACAGAGGAUAAGAGGGAGGAGAAAAAGGAGAAAGCGGCAGCAGAAGAGAAGAAAUGAAACCAAGAACUUGCUUUACUGAUCUUCAACUUGUCAUUUUCCUCUUUUUCUACAAUAGACUCUAAAGAAACUGAAUUUGGACACUUGCAUAUUGAUUUAUUUAGUUUUUUUAAACGAUUUGUUUACCUCGAGAGAUCACAAGACCUUGGUGCCGCAAAAAUAUUAUCCAUUCAUUAAAAUGUGCCCCUCCCCACCCGCC